AUGCCGGUCUACGAUCCCCGUGUCCUCCACCUUCUCUCGCGUGUCCUGCCAACGUUCGAUAGUGCCGUCCGCAACUCGGCCCCGUGCGACCGCUCAACCCGCCAGAUCUACCGCAGCACCAUCGUCUGUCUGGAGCGUAAGAGGCUUGGAGAACUGUUUGAUUAUUGUAUGGUGCACGACACCUCGGUCUGCCCUGCAACGCUAUCGGCGGUGCAGAUAGACGACAACACGCUGCUGCUGGGCGGAUGGAUUCUGCUCGGGUUCAUGGAGGAGUGGUUGCGGGAUCCUCGGAACACGCCUGACGAGGUGGUACCGAGGCCGAUGGUUCCUCACGGCGCGCCGGGGCGGAGGAUGAUUGUACCUAUGAAGGUCAUAGUGGAGACGCUGGUCUAUACCUUGGCUCAGGAUGCAUACCCCCCUAUGGUGUUGCCCCUUGUGUGGGACUUGUACAACGGGGAGAUUGAGCUUUCCUUCGACCAGCCGAUCGCCAUGCAGGUGAUCGGUGCGUACAACAAGUACAAGAAGAAUCGUUUCCGGAAACUUGCGACAUUCGAACUCUUCGACGUCAAACUGGGGAAGUUCCGUCCUGCGUCCGUACACCGCGCUCCCGGCUCCACCUCCUUCCGUCUGCCGCUCCCCCUCACCUACAUCCCCGUCUUCAAGGACUCAACCCUCACCAUCGUCGAGGACGCCGCCGAGCACUCACUCGGCAUUCAACCCUUGAAGCCCAUGUGUUCGAUGAAGAGGAACAUCAUGGACCUCGAGUUCCUGUGGCCGGUGGACAUGCCGCAGCGCCGUCAGCUCAUACGCGCUGAUUGGCAUGUCGAGGGGCAGUGGUGGGGCUCGCAACGUCGGCUCGCGGCCGUGCGUCCGGUGCUGGGCGAGGUGGGCUGUACGGUGGAGGAAGUGAAGUGGGAUGGGGAGGAGGACGUAGAGCUGCUGUCAGACUGCCGCUCAGAUCUUGCGCCAUUCAGCCAGGACAUUAGAAAGUGCGUAGAUGUUGAAUUUGAACUUGUGGGCCUGAGUUGCGUGCGACAAAUCUGGAACACGGACUGGACGUACCAGACCGCCCGGCAGGGUAGGAGCAGCUUCCCGCCGUUGGCGGCACAGAUCCAGCAAUUCUCUGGGUUUAUUUGA